GUUGGUGUUUGUCUAACCAUUACUGAAUUAGGACAUUCUGUCUCUCCUCUAGGUCAAAGUUCUUUUCUUUGUUGUGCAUGAUGGAACAAAUUGAGGUUGUGUUGAAGUGGUACAAGGAAAUGUCACCUUCGCUCUUCUAUCCAACUCCUAAAAAUAUAUUGGACCUCCUUCAAGCACUGGAUGCAGCCAACCAGCUGGAAUUGAUCCCUUCAGUCUGGGAAGAUGUGAAACAGUUGGGGUUUACCAGGAAACAAGAGCUGUUGGAAGAGUUCUUGUCUUUGAUGAGCAGGGACCAGCACCCAGAUGAGAUUCAGCUGGUGUUUGCCAAGUGUGCUGAAGACAUCAAAGCUGCCCAUGAGCCUGCUGGGAGGGAGCAGCUCCCGUUGGAAUGGACAGGCAGCGCUCUGGGCAAUGUGGUGGUGCUGUUCUCCAGGGCUGGGAGGACCCAGGAUGCUUGGAACAUGAUGGAGCAUUUCCAGCAAGCCAAUAGGAUUCCCACUGACAAGGUGAUGGAUGAGUUCCUGAGCUGUGCUAAACAAACCAAUUGCCCAGAUGAGGCCAUUAAGCUGGUAAAGCUGGCGGCUUCCCUCGGCCUGCCUUCGUCCCAAAGGCUCAAAAGCAGAACAGAGGAGGAGUUUGAACUCUCUGAAGCACAGAAGUAAGUUGGAGCACUUCAUGUUACUGCUGAAGGGGU